CAAAAAAACCAAAACCCUUUCGGCAUCCUCAUUUUGAAAAAAAAAACACACACACACUCCUCCAAUCUUCCAUAUUAGCAAAAAGCCAAAAAUUUAAAUUUCCCCAUAUCUCUCAGAAACAGGAGAACCAAGAAAGACAGAAAUUAAUAGCCCUUUCCUCUUUCGCUCUUUCAUCAGAUUCUCCCAUCAUUUUUUUUUUUUUUUUUUGCUUUUAAUCCAGAUCCCUCUUUCUCACCCAAACACUCUAUCUGAAUUGAGUGAAGAAGAUGUCGUUCACUCCUGAUCAAUCCAAGAAAGUGGGUUUGGGUUUGGUACCAUCUCCGUCUCCUUUUCUUACGCCUCGUCCUGAACGGCGGCGUACUGAUCCGAGACUCGCAGACUGGAACUCAAGCCGUCAGGACAACAGGGAUAAAGAGACCAAUGUUCAAGUUCUACUAAGAUGCAGGCCAUUAAAUGAUGAUGAGAUAAGGUCAAAUGUGCCAAGGGUGAUAUCAUGUAAUGAACAUAAAAGAGAAGUCACCGUAAUUCAAAAUCUAGCUAACAAGCAAGUAGAUAGAGCUUUCACCUUUGACAAGGUUUUUGGGCCCAAAGCACAGCAAAGAUCUAUAUAUGACCAAGCCAUUGCCCCAAUUGUUAACGAAGUUCUUGAUGGAUUCAACUGCACUGUCUUUGCAUAUGGGCAGACAGGCACUGGUAAAACAUAUACAAUGGAGGGUGGGAUGAGAAAAAAGGGUGGAGAUUUGCCUGCUGAAGCCGGAGUUAUUCCACGGGCAGUUCGUCAAAUCUUUGAUAUGCUGGAGGCACAAAAUGCUGACUAUAGCUUGAAAGUUACAUUUUCAGAGCUUUACAAUGAAGAAAUAACUGAUUUGCUGGCUCCUGAGGACAAUUCAAGAUCAACUGAAGAUAAACAAAAGAAACCUAUUUCCUUGAUGGAGGAUGGAAAGGGCUGUGUGAUUGUAAGAGGACUUGAAGAAGAAGCUGUAUACAGUGUAAAUGAAAUUUAUACUCUCUUAGAACGGGGGGCAGCCAAAAGACGUACAGCAGAUACCUUGUUAAACAAGCGCAGCAGCCGUUCUCAUUCUAUCUUUUCCAUUACUGUCCAUAUAAAAGAAGCUGCUCUUGGUGAUGAGGAGCUAAUUAAAUGCGGCAAGCUUAAUCUUGUUGAUUUAGCAGGGUCAGAGAAUAUAUCACGCUCAGGUGCACGAGAGGGUCGUGCAAGAGAAGCUGGGGAGAUAAACAAAAGCUUACUCACUCUAGGCCGUGUUAUCAAUGCACUUGUGGAACAUUCUGCCCAUAUACCUUACAGGGAUAGCAAGCUUACAAGGCUAUUGAGGGACUCCUUAGGGGGGAAAACAAAAACUUGCAUUAUAGCUACAAUUUCUCCUUCUGCUCAUUGUUUGGAUGAAACUCUAAGCACUUUAGAUUAUGCCUGUCGUGCCAAAAACAUAAAAAACAAACCUGAGGCAAACCAGAAAAUGUCCAAAGCUGUGUUGCUCAAAGAUUUGUAUUCAGAAAUUGAGAGAAUGAAAGAAGAUGUUCGAGCAGCCAGGGAUAAGAAUGGUGUUUAUAUUCCACAUGAAAGAUUUUCUAGGGAAGAAGCUGAAAAGAAGGCAAGGAAUGAGAAGAUAGAGCAAUUGGAGAAUGAUCUCAGCCUGAGUGAGAAGCAAGUGGACAGGUUUCGUGAGCUGUAUCUAACUGAGCAAGAACAGAAACUGGAUUUUGAAAGUGAGCUCAAGGAUUGCAAGAUAAAUCUGGAAAGCAGUAACAAGGCAUUGCUUGAUCUUCAAGAGAGUUAUAGGUUAGCCAUCUCAACACUGAAGGAAAAAGAGUUUAUCAUAUCCAAACUGCUAUGCUCAGAAAAUUCUUUAGUUGAACAUGCAAAGCAGUUACGCACCAAUCUGCAAAGUGCAUCAGAGGAUAUAGAUUCACUGUUUACAAAAUUAGAUCAGAAAGACAAGAUGGAAACAGAAAACCAGAGUAUGGUUUUGAAUUUUGGUUCUCAGCUUGAUCAGAGCUUAAAAGACCUUCACAGGACCAUACUGGGGUCUGUUUCUCAACAACAGCUACAUUUAAGAUGCAUGGAAGAACAUGUCCACUCACAUCUUGCUAGUAAAUCUGAUGCAACGCAGGCCCUUGAAUCAAGGAUUAAGAAAAUGGCAGAGACUUAUACUUCAGGUGUAGCAACCUUGAAGGAGCUUGCUAAUGCAUUCCAAAGGAAAGCUUCCUCAGACCUUGAAGAGAUAAAUUCUACAAUCUCAUUGCAAGCAACAGCAGUUGAGAAUUUUCUUGUCACUGCGGUUUCGGAGGCCAGCGAAGUUAUUUGUGACAUCCAAAAUUCUCUUGAUGAACAAAAACAGUUACUGGCUUUUUCCACUAGACAACAGGAGGAGGGGUUACAACGUAGUUUUGUAUCAGCACAAGUAAUUUCAAAGGCAACUGUGGAAUUCUUUAAUAACCUUUAUCAUCGUUCUUCUAAAGUCAUGACAAUUCUUGAAGAAAGCCAAACGGAGAGAUAUCAUCAAUUGGUAAAUUUUGAGAAGAUGUUUAAGGACAAGGCUGCGAGAGAGGAAAAACAGGCUCUGGAGAAAAUUGCAGGAAUAUUAGCAACUUUGACAUCUAGCAAAACUGCUAUGGUCUCAGAGGCAGCAAGGAACAUCCAGGACUCAAGUAUACAAGAGAGCAAAAAACUGAAGCAAGAGAUGUCUGAGAUGCAGCAAGUUUCAUCUGUUGCUAAGAAGGAGUUGGGUGAAUACAUAGAAAAGGCUGAAACUCAUUUCAUAGAAGACACAUUCACAGCCACAGAGUCUAGGGCUAUCAUGGAAGAAUGCCUCCAUGAGUGCUCAAAGGGAGUGGAUUCUUCUUGGCAGCAAUGGGGAAAUGCCCAGUCAUCCAUAAACAGUCUUAAUAAGACUGGUGUUGCAGAUAUGGAAUCUACUGUGAAGGAAAAUAUAUACACGAAUCAUUUUGCACAUGAGGAAUUUGUAUCUGCAUCUUCCUCUGUAAAUGCAGAUUUUGAUGCUGGAGCUUGUGAAUUGUUGGCAGCUGUUAAUGAUUCGCUAAUGCUGGACCAUGAGAAUAAGAAGGAAAUAGAUUCCAUGACCACCUCGUGCUUAGAUCAAAUUAAAUUGAUACAAGAGACGCAUGGUACAAGCAUAUCGGACAUCCGAAGCCAGGCAGAAAAGUGCCUAGUAAAAGAUUAUCUGGUCGAUAACCAUACUAGCACAACACCAAAGAAACGAGUUAUGGUAGUGCCAAGUUUGGCAUCCAUUGAGGAGAUGAGAACACCUGCCUAUGAAAUUUCAGAGAAAGGAGUGAUGUUGGCCCUUACAGAAAGCAAGAUACCGCAUCUUCAGAGAACUCCUUUUGCAGAUUUAAAUUGACUUUUGAUUAGAAAGUGUUAGUUUUAGUUAACUCCUUAAUAAUGAUGGAAAGAUAUUAAUUAAAGCUAGCUUGUUAGUAUGUUAACUAGGUCUCCUUUUUCAAUCAAGAAUUGUACUCAUCAACUGAUGAGCACGAGUCCAAAUAUCAUGUCAAGGUUGAAAUGUCAUGGAUAAUACAAAUUUCUUAUUCAGAAAACCAAGGAGUGUAUGUAGUCAGAGCACAUGUAUCUUAUAUAAAAGUUGAACAAUACUAGUUCUUUGGUAAAUGGCAUUGAAUAAUUCCUGCC